CCUUCCUCGCUCUUCUCUUCCCGUCUGAGGUGGCGGCUGGGUUCGCCUCCUCUUCAGCUCCAUUUUGCCUCUGCUCCUGUCUUCCUUUUUCUCUCGGGCCCUGAAAUCGGUUGGAACGCGUCCUCCGCCUCCUUCGUGUUGGUAGAGAGCCCCCCUCUCUCUAGAAUCCCUGCGCUUUCUCCUUUUUCGCGUCUUCCAUCCUUUCCCUUCCCCCGCCAUGAAUGAGGAGUACGACGUGAUCGUGCUGGGCACCGGCCUGACGGAAUGUAUCCUAUCAGGCAUAAUGUCAGUGAAUGGAAAGAAAGUUCUUCACAUGGAUCGAAACCCAUUUUACGGAGGAGAAAGUGCCUCUAUAACACCACUGGAAGAUUUAUACAAAAGAUUUAAAUUACCAGGAGCACCACCAGCAUCAAUGGGGAGAGGAAGAGACUGGAAUGUUGACUUAAUUCCCAAGUUCCUUAUGGCUAAUGGUCAGCUGGUUAGGAUGCUGCUUUUUACAGAGGUCACUCGCUACAUGGAUUUCAAAGUGACUGAAGGGAGUUUUGUUUAUAAAGGAGGAAAAAUCUAUAAGGUUCCUUCCACUGAAGCAGAAGCCCUGGCAUCUAGUUUAAUGGGGCUAUUUGAAAAACGUCGCUUCAGAAAAUUCCUAGUGUAUGUUGCCAACUUCGAAGAGAAAGAUCCUAGAACUUUUGAAGGUGUUGACCCUAAGAAGACCACAAUGCGAGAUGUGUAUAAGAAGUUUGACUUGGGCCAAGAUGUUAUAGAUUUUACUGGUCAUGCCCUUGCACUUUACAGAACUGAUGACUAUUUAGAUCAACCAUGUUGUGAAACCAUUAAUAGGAUUAAGCUUUACAGUGAGUCUUUGGCAAGAUAUGGCAAAAGCCCAUACCUUUAUCCACUGUAUGGCCUUGGAGAACUGCCACAAGGAUUUGCAAGGUUAAGUGCUAUCUAUGGAGGUACCUACAUGCUGAAUAAACCAAUUGAAGAAAUCAUUGUGCAGAAUGGAAGAGUUGUUGGUGUAAAAUCUGAAGGAGAGAUUGCUCGCUGUAAGCAGCUCAUCUGUGAUCCUAGUUAUGUAAAAGAUCGGGUACAAAAAGUGGGCCAGGUGAUCAGAGCUAUAUGCAUCCUAAGCCACCCAAUCAAGAACACGAACGAUGCCAACUCAUGCCAGAUCAUUAUUCCCCAGAACCAAGUGAAUCGGAAAUCAGAUAUCUAUGUGUGCAUGAUUUCUUUUGCACACAAUGUGGCAGCACAAGGGAAGUAUAUUGCCAUAGUUAGCACAACUGUGGAAACCAAAGAACCUGAGAAAGAAAUCAGACCAGCUUUGGAGCUUUUGGAACCGAUUGAACAGAAAUUUGUUAGCAUCAGUGAUCUCCUUGUACCAAAAGAUUUGGGAACAGAGAGCCAGAUCUUUAUUUCCCGCACUUAUGAUGCUACAACUCACUUUGAGACAACCUGUGAUGACAUUAAAGACAUCUAUAAGAGGAUGACAGGAUCAGAGUUUGACUUUGAAGAAAUGAAGCGCAAGAAAAAUGACAUCCAUGGGGAAGACGAACAGCAGUAAACAUGUUAUUAUCUAAUUAGGACAAGUUUUAAAUUUGGCAAAUAAUGCAUAUUGUAUGAAAUCAAUAUUGUAAAGCCUGUUUUUAUAAUCAAAGCUGAGAGAUGGAAGAGUACUGUACCAGUAAAUAUUCCUUCCCUUCACCUUUUUAAUAUCAUGUAUUAACUUGUUUCCAUGGAGUGGCUAUUCAGAAUUGGCAGGUUACCACAUUCUGUUCAAUUUAACUAAUACUGGCUUUUUUUCCCUAGUGAAGGAUCAGUUAAAAAACAAAAACACUGAAAUGCCGACAGAGAUCCUGAUACAGUAUUUGUAUCUUUUAAUCAUUGUAGCCUUUGCAAUUAUGUGCUUCUGCUGCUCAAGAGCUGGAUCAGUAUGAUUUGUGUGCCAUCUGUCCUCUUGAUAUUUUGGAGAUUGUAAAUGGAAUACUUCAUAAUUUGGGAGGGCAUCCCUAAGUUUUCCCUAUAAUUUUACAUUUUAUGUUAUGUCAAGUAUUAUGACAGUGCCCAAAUACCAAAGCCACAAAUUUGGUUAAUAUGGGAGAAUUCCAACCAAACUCCAGAUUUGAGUCAUUUGGAUGGACUAAUGGCACCUUGUGGUGUUUUAGCCUAAUAAAACUGAUGAGAGAAAGGGGGGAAAAACCUGUCAUAAAGCAGGCAAAACGAGAAACAUCUUAUAUCCCAGGUGUGGCUUCUUCAAUGGACCAAGCUGCAAUGCAGUAUUGAUUUGACAGAGCCUCUACUUCAAUGAUGUCUGUCUCAAAAUGGCUCCAAAUGAUUUCUGUACUGCAAAAUAAAGCCAAACUCUGGAAACUAG